UGCAACUGCUUAAAAGCAUUUGCGUUGCUUUCAUUCCAGUGGCAGAGUUGCAGAGCUGAGGCCCCGUCCCGCCACUGCACGGUUCGUUUCAUAUUCUUCGCUUAUCUGCAUAUCUUUCUCGAUUCCUCCACGCCGUUCUGUUGACAGUACAUGGAGAAUCUCAGGGUCAUGAAUGACGGAGAUAUUCCCUUUGAUGUUUUAUCUCGGUUGCCAACGAAGACUCUUGUUGAAAUGAGGUCCGUUUCUAAAGGGUGGCAUGAACUUAUUUCAGACCGCUCAUUUGUACAAGCUCAGUUCCAGAAGACUGGAUUGACGUUAUCUGGUUUCAUCUUUCAAGAGAAAUACCAAAAAUGCCUUGACGAUAUAAAAACAUUUAGCUAUAUGCCAGUAAAUGCAGAUUCUAAGGUGCAGAAAAUGGUCCUUGGUUUCCUGCCCGAGGAUGUUGUCAUUUUGGCAUCCUGUAAUGGCCUGGUUUGUUGUAGAAGUUGCUUCCCUACACAACGCCCUACAAUAAUCUACGUCUGCAAUCCUUUGUUUGAGAAGUGGGUGAGUUUUGAAGUGGCUCAGCUGGACAGGUUCAGCAACAUUGCUCUAGCAUUUGAUCCCAUCCUGGACCCUGUAAACACUUCAACGAAUUUCAGAAUAGUUAGAAUUCAGCAGUUGGAGAAUGAGCAAGAGGAAUUGCACUACACGUUUAAAAUAUACUCUUCAAAAACAGGAACCUGGAAGGAAUCAAAUGAAGUAUGCUAUUCAAAGGGCAACUUGUUGAAGAACAAAGGCAUUUAUGCUAAAGGGAUCUUACAUUGGCUUACUGAUACGGAUCAAAUCCUUGCAUUUGAUACAGAGAAAGAACUAUCUCUGUUGAUUUCAUCUCCAAUUCCUGUCUUGGAAUUUUUCAUCAAUGUCCCUGGAACAUGCAUUGGAGAAUCCAUGGGCUUGCUACAUUUCAUCAUGAUCUGUGAAGAUGGAAUUAUUGUUUGGUAUCUGGAAGAUUAUUUUGAGACAAAAUGGAUGCUCAAACAUUCAAAACGGCUCCAAGUGAUUGAGGAAGAGAACCCAAGAAUGUUUUUCAAGUUACAAAAGAGCAUGCAACAGAAACUGGUUGCGGGUAUGGAUCCAUUGAUGGAUCCCUUAGCAUUUAAAGAUGAGGUCUUAUUGAUGAGGGUGUAUUCAACAAUCUAUUUCUACCACACUGAAACAGGCAAGGUGAUGGAAGUCUGUAACGUUGCCAGUUUGGGUCCAAACCCCUAUGUUGAUCCUUCAGCGAUUCCUUAUUCGUUGAGCUUGGUUCCCUUGAACGUUUCUCUCUCACAUUUUGACUCAAACAGCAACAUAACCCCCAGCGAGAACUAGUAAUCCACUGAUGUUUUCCCAUUUGUGGAAUAGAUAGCUAAUAAGCUUUUCUCUCUUUUCAUUGGAAUAUAAUGGGGUAGGAUUUUGGAUAUAAUAGACAAAGUUUAGGCUACAGAUCACUUUUUAUUCCUAUGGCAGCAUAGGGCGUGAAGUUGCAUGUUAUUUCCCUUCUAUCUUGGGAAGUUAUAUGAACU